CGUAACCAAAGACAAAUCCGUUCCUCGCUUACUCAACCAGGAAGGAUUCGCCUUGCCAUCCAUCCUCUCUGGAAAGAUGUUGGAAAAUUGGAUUUUGACCAUCCUCGUUUCGUUAGGCGUUGGCUCCGUUCUGGUCCUGGUGGCCACGAUUCUGCUGGUCAAGCAUAACGUCCACGCCAAAAUCUUCUGGAACGAGCUGGUUUUGGAGAAGAUCACCAACUUCGUCAUGGAUCAGAGCAAAGAGCAGAGGAUUUUAAAUUCGGUCUCCUACAACGCCGUCAAAGGGGAUCCGGAGAGCGUGUUGAAGUGCAUCGAUAAGUACUGUGGUCAGUAUGAGUGGGCCAUGAACGUUGGGGACGAGAAAGGGAUAAUUCUAGACAAAGCUGUCGAGGAAGCUGAGCCAACUGUAGCUCUGGAGAUGGGAACCUACUGUGGUUAUUCGGCCAUCAGGAUCGCUCGCCUCUUGAAACCCAACGCUCGCCUCCUCACCAUCGAAUUCAACCCCGAGUUUGCAGCCAUCGCGAAAGAGAUCAUUGAAAUUGCAGGACUCAGCGAUAAGGUGACCAUCAUUGAAGGCCAUUCGCAGGAUGUUAUCCCUCAGCUGAAGGAGAAAUACGAGGUGGAAACCCUGGAUUUUGUCUUUCUUGACCACUGGAAGGAGAGAUACGCCCCAGACACUAUUCUCCUUGAAGAAUGUGGUCUCCUGCGCAAGGGCUCCAUCCUUCUAGCCGACAACAUUCUCUACCCAGGAGCUCCAGAGUUCAUUAAAUACGUUCGGAGUAACAACCGCUACGAAUGUACUAGCUACCCUACCUUUUUGGAAUAUAUGAAGGCGGAGGAUGCCAUGGAAAAGGCCGUAUAUCUGGGAUAAAGGGGGGGGAGGCA